GUGUCAGUUGAUCGCUUGAACGACGACGCCUGACAGGACUUGGUGGAAAAAGGGGCCUGUGAUUCUCGCAGAAUAAAACUAUUAACUGGUUAAAAUAGCCAGUUUCGCGCAUUCUUCUGUCCCAUCACAAGAUGCACCACUUGCACAACUGACAACUGACUCUGCUCCGCCCGCAAUGGCACCGGGAAACGAGGUGCCCGCUAGGUCACACACCCAGCUAGAACCUCACGAAGCGACAUUGCUGGAACUCGCUGGAACUACGAGUGCACGGGAUAUCGUAUCGCUGUCCCGCAAGGAAUUGCAAGUCUUAGAAUUAUAUGACCGCAUCCAGGAACAGGAGCUAGAGACGGCCCUAUUAUCACAAGACUAUACUGAACCAGCAUUAAACGAUGACGAUAUUGAUAUUGAGGAACAGCUGGCAACAGCAGAACGCGAGUUGCUCGAGGCUCGAUCCACAUACUCCGUCAAGAGGAAAGCUAUUGAGGCAGUUCUGAUGGCGGACCCAAGCAUCCAAUCAGUCCACGCCGUAUCCGGCUCUCCCGCGGAGAGAGCCCUUCUACACCUGAUCAACCGCCGUGAUCUCCUAUCACUCAUCUACACGAACCUCUCCCGUGCCCACGCGUCAUGCACACAGUCGCUCUCCACCGCAAAAGUGGACAGUUUACACAGCACCGCAAAGAACCAGAAACUAGUGCAAACCCUUCUCGGGCUCACGAGUGCGCAGACGUCCUGGAGAGAAGGGAUAACGGACCAGAAGCUUAGAUCUCAAUUGGAAACGCUGGAGAAGGAGACUAAGGCCGAGAAAGCGAACUGGGUAACUAUCAAACGCAUCGUCAGCGCUGCUAUUGUCGCGAGCGGCGUUGACUGGGCGGCGGAUGAACAGCUGCACGACCUGGUGGUCGACGAUGAUGAUGAUGACGAUGUCUUGGAUGAUACCUGAGUAAUCAUGCAGCAAUUUCCCCUUUUUUUUUCCUUCCCUUUUUCUGACACCACAUAUCCACCCCUGGAGGAUAGCUAUUGUCAAACCGUUACAAGAAAACAACGAUUGGUAGUUUGAAUUUGUCUCCUAUGCUAUGUGAAGGAGAGAACUCACAUCCCGGGGCAGAACACUCUACCCUUAAUACGCCACUAUGCGACCCCAAAAUGGAGUACAUUGCAUGUGAUUAGUUCCCUCUCAUAUCCGAGUUCAGUUAACGAGAUAUAUCGUCCUCGCUCAUCAGCUCCCACUACUACCCGUGUCUUCCCUUCCAAGGGGUGCUCCUCUGAUAUAGGUCACGUGAUGAUUUACAAAACCUCCCCCGGGCGGCGAUUCAAGAGGGGAAAGAAAGCAGGGAGAUCGGUUCGUUCGCUUAGUUAUUAUAAUUAGGUUGCGAGAAAGCCAUAGAGCCGCUUGCAUUGGACGGAUGAAGAUAAAUGGAUUGGGGGUAUUAGUUGGAACGACAAUAAUAGAGUUACCAUCAAUCGCCCUCACACCUCUCGACAAACAGAGAACAAGGCCCCAAAUAUUAAUACGAGCUAUAGUUCAUUUUCUAUCCGGGAUAUGAAUUUGUUUGUUCAAGUAAAGGCUAGGCUACGUCACUCUUUUUAUUUUAAAACCCGUAAGCUGGUCGGUCCAGGGAAGCAAAGCCAUUAUUUUGCUGGUUUUUCCGUAUAUGGAUCGCCUUCCCAUUUCACACAAUACCCGCGAACGGAGGGAGACAUGGUUUCUUAUCCAUAUCUGUCUGCCAAGUGAACUCUACCCUGGAGCAGUCCCUUCAGAUCAGAUCGUGUAGCAAUGGUGUAUUCGCAUGCCGCUCCUAGGCUGCGUAAGGAGAGGAGUGGCCGUGGUGCAAAACUAAAUAAAUAAAUUCACAUUUGAGAAUUUUUUUUUUCUGAUUGCUAUUUAACUAUUUAACUAUUUUUUUUUUUUUUUU